UCCAGAGGAGGAGAGAGCCGAGGAGAUCCACGUGUGGCUAUGGCGUCUAACAGUCUUUUCAGCUCGGUGACUCCGUGUCAGCAGAACUUUUUCUGGGAUCCGAGCACCAGCCGCAGGUUCAGUCCGCCGUCCAGCAGCCUUCAGCCGGUGGCGGGGAAGAUGAGCGAUGCGCAGCAGGAGCAGAACGCGGCGCUGCCGAGACUCCGACAGCACGACAACCGGACGAUGGUGGAGAUCAUCGCGGACCACCCCGCCGAGCUCGUGCGGACGGACAGCCCCAACUUUCUGUGCUCAGUGCUGCCGUCUCACUGGAGGUGCAACAAAACUCUCCCGGUGGCGUUUAAGGUUGUUGCUCUGGGAGAUGUUCCUGACGCGACGGUGGUGACAGUUAUGGCAGGAAAUGACGAGAACUACUCGGCAGAGCUGCGAAACGCCUCAGCUGUCAUGAAGAAUCAGGUGGCGCGUUUCAACGACCUGAGAUUUGUUGGCAGGAGUGGAAGAGGAAAGAGCUUCAUGCUGACAAUCACAGUAUUCACGAACCCACCGCAAGUGGCUACUUACCACCGAGCCAUAAAGGUCACAGUGGACGGACCGCGGGAGCCGCGAAGACACAGACAGAAACUGGAAGACCCCCCUAAACCGCCGCUGUUCUCCGAGCGCCUGAGCGAGUUAGAGCGUUUACGCCAGACCAGCAUGAGAGUUGCCGUGCAAACCCAGAGUCCCCGGCCGUCUCUCAACGCCACGCAGAACUCCUUCAAUCCGCAGGGGCAAACUCAGAUCUCAGAUCCGCGGCAGGCGCAGUCCUCUCCGCCCUGGUCCUACGAGCAACCGUACACUCCUUACCUGAGCCAAAUGACAUCUCCAUCCAUCCACUCCACCACCCCGCUGUCUUCCACCCGCGCCACGGGCCUGCCCACCAUCAGCGACGUGCCAAGACGCCUCUCAGGUAAACUAACACCUUAUAGAAAAGACAAAUCACAAAUAAGAGCUCGAUUUAACAAUGUCCCUUUCCUCACAGAUACCCGUUUCCCCAGUCCCAGAAUGCACUAUCCUGCGACGUUCACGUACACCCCUACGCCGGUCACCUCGGGCAUGUCUCUGGGCAUGUCCAGCACCACCCACUACCACACCUACCUGCCUCCGCCGUACCCCGGCUCCACCCAGAACCAAAGUGGGCCCUUCCAGACCAGCAGCACGCCGUACCUCUACUACGGCGCCUCGUCCGGGUCGUACCAGUUCUCAAUGGUGCCGGGCGGAGAUCGAUCCCCCUCCAGGAUGCUGCCGCCUUGCACUAGCGCAUCCACCGGCAGCACCCUCAUCAACCCCAACCUGCCCAAUCAGACGGACGGAGGCGAGGCAGACGGCAGCCACAGCAGCUCGCCAACCAUUCUCAACUCCAGCGGCAGGAUGGACGAGUCCGUUUGGAGACCAUAUUGAGACGGUCUGGUCAAACGAGACCUCAACGCAGCACUGUUAGCCUUAAAGACAGAGUGCGAGAGACAGUUGCAUGAAAGAAUCAUCGGAUUUGAAGCACAAAUUCAUUGGUACUCAUUGGUACAGGUACAAUAUUGAAUGAUUGCAGUGUAUUUUUAUGACUACACUGACGUUUUUUAAUUCUAUAAAACAGAUGACCCUUACAGGGAAUGAUUUGCGGCAUUAAAGGGAUAGUUCACCCAAAAAUGGAAAUUUGAUGUUU